UCGGGUACGUGGGGGAUAUGUGCGGGUGCGCCACGUCCACGCGACGAGGACUGGGGACUGCUGCGGGUAAAUCGGCACGGCGCACCAAGUCCUCGUGCUCCCUACACAGCAAGCCCGGGAUACGGUAGCUCGUCCUUCACCGUUACUCCUCAUCGACGCCCGCGGGCAAUGUGCCCACCCGCCGGCAGAGCAACGGGUGGACAAGGCGUACGAUGCUUAGGGAUGCUUGGUCGAACGACGGUGGGAAAGGCUGGUGGCGAUGGUGGUCUAGGUUGGGCGGAUUGCUGGCGAUGGCGACGGCCAUUUCCUGUCUUGUUGCCCCGUUUCCGGGUGCCUCGGCCAAUUCGGAAGCGAAGCGUCUCUACGACGACCUGCUGUCCAACUACAACCGCCUCAUCCGCCCCGUUGGCAACAACAGCGAUCGCCUCACUGUCAAAAUGGGACUGCGCCUCUCCCAGCUCAUCGACGUUAACCUGAAGAACCAGAUCAUGACGACGAACGUUUGGGUGGAACAGGAGUGGAACGAUUACAAGCUGAAGUGGAACCCGGAUGAUUAUGGCGGUGUCGACACCCUCCACGUGCCGUCGGAGCAUAUAUGGUUGCCGGACAUUGUUCUUUACAACAACGCCGAUGGCAACUACGAGGUGACCAUUAUGACCAAGGCAAUUUUGCACCAUACGGGGAAGGUCGUGUGGAAACCGCCGGCCAUCUAUAAAUCAUUUUGCGAGAUCGACGUGGAGUACUUCCCCUUUGACGAGCAGACUUGCUUCAUGAAGUUUGGUUCGUGGACUUACGACGGGUACACGGUCGACUUGCGACACCUUGCCCAGACCGAAGACUCGAACCAAAUCGAGGUCGGGAUCGACCUGACCGACUACUACAUUUCCGUCGAGUGGGACAUCAUAAAAGUGCCUGCCGUGAGGAACGAGGCGUUCUACAUAUGCUGCGAGGAGCCCUACCCCGAUAUCGUGUUCAAUAUCACCCUACGCCGCAAGACCCUCUUCUACACGGUGAACCUGAUCAUACCGUGCGUGGGCAUAUCUUUUCUCUCGGUGCUGGUGUUCUACCUGCCGAGCGACAGCGGGGAGAAGGUCUCGCUCUCGAUCUCGAUCCUGCUGUCGUUGACGGACGUGGAGGCGGCCAACGGGAAACCGGCCGAGGGCAUGCUCACCGAUGUGUUCCAUGUACAAGAGACUGACAAGUACGACGCGUACUACGGCAACAGGUUCAGCGGGGAGUACGAGAUACCUGCCCACGGUCUGCCACCGUCGGCGACCAGAUACGACCUUGGCGCGGUGGCCACCGUGGGCACGACCGUAGCGCCCUGCUUCGAGGAGCCCCUACCCUCGNNCCCACUGCCGGGGGCUGACGACGACCUCUUCGGCCCGGCCAGCCCCGCAUACGUUCACGAGGACGUCAGCCCCACAUUCGAGAAGCCGUUGGUUCGCGAGAUCGAGAAGACCAUCGACGACGCCAGGUUUAUCGCUCAGCACGCCAAGAACAAGGACAAGUUCGAGAGCGUGGAGGAGGACUGGAAAUACGUGGCGAUGGUGCUCGACCGGAUCUUCCUCUGGAUAUUCACGGUGGCCUGCGUGCUCGGCACGGUGUUGAUCAUUCUCCAGGCGCCGAGCCUCUACGAUACCACGAAGCCGAUCGACAUCAAGUACAGCAAGAUCGCGAAGAAGAAGAUGAUGCUGAUGAACAUGGGUCCCGAGGAGGACUAGUCGACGAUCCCGCGCGGCCCCGCGCCGCGUCCACAGCGGCAGCUGCUCCGCCGUCGUCGCAGUCGUCAUCGCGACUAUUUUUGCCGGCAUCGUCGUCGUCGUCGCCGUCGCCGUCGUCGCCGUCGUCGUCGUCGUCGUCGUUGUCGCCGUCGUCGUUGUCGUCGUUCUCGCCAUCAUCCCCGCCGCUGCCGCUGCCGCCGCCGCCGCCGCCGCUGUCACCAUAAUCGUGGUCGUUGUCGUGGCCGUUGUCGUGCCACGGCCGCCGCCCAUCAUCCAAACUGCCGAUUUUCGCGUCGACGCGCAACAGGACCCUCUCUCGAUCGCUGCCGCCAGAGAUGAUCGGAUCUCCACGAAGGAACACGGCCAGGAAACGAUAUUGUUACGCGAGGAGCGACAGGAGGAUUCCACGAGGAGGUGGCGUCGAUCUUUCCCUCUCCGAACUUGCGAGCACGGGGAUCUUAUCCUAUGGAUAUAUUCGAUCCUGAGACUGUUUCGAGACUGGGAGACGUUGAGUGUUGAGUAUUGAGAAGGGGAGGGAAGGCGAGAGAGAGAGAGAGAGAGAGAAGAGACGAGGGGAGGAAUUGGGGAGGGGAGGGUAAGAGAGGGGAGAAAAAGUGCCAAAUACGCGAAACACACGCGCAACGUAUUUUUGUAAAUCUGGUUUCAUACGUAAGGCUAGAGUCGUGCGGCGAGACGUCGAACUGCCCGAACUGCCGAUUUUAUAUAA